GAACUGAAUGAUAACGGCGCUUUGGAAAAAUUUAUUACAAAUGCGCUGAAGUCACUACGAAUUGGUGGAGUCUGCAUAGUUCGACAAGAUCUACAAAAUCAUAACGACACUAAAAAAGUGGCCAAGUUGACUGACUACUUUGAUGUAUUCCGCCUGGAGGAAAACAAUAAAAAUGUUGGAUUUUCGUUUUAUGCUGUAAAUGAAAUAGAGGAUUCUAUAUAUGCUCAUCAAAACUGGCAAGAUUUCAUAUGGACAUUGGUCAAAAAAGAAUUUCCAGCCGUUAAUGGAUCAAACGUAACCUUCAGAGAUUUCCUCGAUAAAACCCAAUAUACCGACACAGGUAUCUAUGCAUACGAGUGGAUAUUUGGAAAGGAUUUCAUUUCUCCAGGAGGCUGGAAUCAAAACCUGGCUAUCCUCAAGCGUUUCGGUAAUUUGAAAACAGGCCAAACAAUGCUGGACAUUGGAGCCGGCAUUGGCGGAGGUGUCAGACAAGCUGCUAGUGAAUUCGGUCUUCAUGUUACCGGAAUUGAUCUCUCUUCAAACAUGCUUGCAGUUGCAUUGGAACGUGUACAAAGAGAUAAAGAUGCUCGGGUCAAAUACGCCAUUUGUGAUGCAACUGUCUAUGACUUUGAACCAUGCUCUUUUGACUAUGUGUUUUCUCGCGAUUGUAUUCAGCAUAUCAAGGACACCGAAAAUCUUUUCACAAGGAUCUACAGAGUCUUAAGGCCUGGAGGCAAAGUUCUGAUCACGAUGUACGGUGUUGGACAUGGAGAACUCAGCGAGGACUUUAAAAAGUACGUCGAACAAAGGCAGUACUUUUUAAGAAAUAGAGAGCAGAUCAAGGAAAUCGCCGAAAAGGUCGGCUUCACAGACAUUGUCGUUGAAAACAUGACUGAGCGCUUCAAGGAAAUUUUGGGAGAGGAGAGAGAACGGGUGGAAAAGAAUAAAGACGAGUUCCUUUUUAAAUUUUCCCAAAAAGAAUACGACUCGCUGGUAAACGGAUGGAAUGCUAAGUUAAAAUACAUCGCAGACGAUAAUCAUAACUGGAACUUCUUUCUGGCUGUCAAGCCACAUAAGAAAAAUUGCUCUGUUGCCACACUGAUGACCGCACUCACAGUUGCUAGUCACAAUGAAGAUGCAUCUCAGUAA